ACCACAGAGGAUGAGCCUUCUGAAAAGGACGCCCUGCAGCCUGGCCGCAAUAUUGUGGCCGCGGGUUAUGCACUGUAUGGCAGUGCAACCUUGGUGGCUCUUUCCACAGGGCAGGGAGUGGACCUCUUCAUGCUUGACCCGGCACUUGGUGAAUUUGUCCUGGUGGAAAAAGAUGUCAAGAUUAAGAAGAAGGGAAAGAUUUACAGCCUCAAUGAGGGCUAUGCCAAGUAUUUUGACGCUGCCACCACUGAAUAUGUGCAGAAAAAGAAAUUCCCUGAGGAUACACACCGAGGACUCUUCAUCCAGCAGCUCCGGCUCACGCAGAACCUGCAGCCCAGGAUCAAGCUCAAGCUGUUCGGCCACUCAGGGGCCAGGAAGACCACCCUGGUGGAGUCGCUCAAGUGCUAA